UUAUUGAACAGUUAUGACCAAAAUUGAAUUGAUAACCAUAUUAUAUGAUGCAAUACUUAAUGAAUGACAAAAUUGUAAAUAUUUUGAUUUGCACUAAGCGACUCAGCUGAGUGUGUUUAUCAACGAUGGCUGACAUGUGCGUUGAGCAGUUUGCACAAGAGAAACUUUUUCACUUCCAAGACAUCCGCACUAGAGAACAGCUAAGCGUUAAAAUCCCGCAGGUCUUAGAUCCUAGUUAUGGCAUGUAUGUAUGGCCCUGUUCUCCAGUACUUGCACAAUAUAUAUGGUUUCACAGAAGCAAGGUGAAAAAUAAGUCUGUACUUGAGUUAGGUGCAGGGACUGCACUACCUGGACUAGUGGCAGCACUGUGUGGAGCAGCAGAUGUCACUCUCAGUGACAACAGUGAAUUUUCCAAUUGUUUAGAAAACUGUGCCAAGAGCAGGGAUGCUAAUGGUGCUAAAAAUGUCCAUAUUGUGGGAAUUACCUGGGGACAGUUCAGUCCAAGUUUGCUGCAGCUCAAGCAGGUGGAUAUUGUUCUAGCUUCAGACUGCUUUUAUGAUACCAAAGAUUUUGAAGAUGUUAUUGUGACAAUGUCAUUCCUUAUGGAAAGAAAUCCUGAAGCCGAAAUAUGGUGCACCUAUCAAGAAAGGAGUGCUGAUCGCUCCAUUGAGCACUUGUUACAAAGAUGGCAGCUUGAGUGCACCCACAUUCCACUGGGUACCUUUGAAGCUGACAGCCCAGAUAUCGGCCAGUCUGGAUUGCCUGGCAACCAUACAAUACAUAUGUUAAUCCUCAAAAAGACAAAACCAGGAUGAUUGUAGAUCCAUAGGAUAUUGGAUCAGCACCAAAUCUGAUGGAAAUUAUGUACAGUCAAGCAGUAGAGGAGACUGAGACUGUCCAAAGGCUUCUUGUAAAAUCCAAGCAAAAUUGCGUGGAUUGAGCUCAUUUAAACAGCAUAGAGAAGAGUGAAUAGGAGUAUUUAAGUGGUCCAUCCUUGCAUCUGUCAACAACACAAGCCAGUAUUUAUGUGACAUAAAAAUAAUGUUGUUAUGUUCAGUGUCAUAAAGUGAACAGAUUGCAGCUGAGGAGACAUUUCAGCAGAAUGCAAUUAAUGUCUGAUACUGACAGGUAAUCCUAGCAUGCAAUUACUGAAUAGAGCCACUUUACACUUGGGAGUGGAGCCAAAGAACGCAUUCAGAACAGAUGUCCCGAGGACUAACUGAUCCACCGACUAAAUAUGACCAACCCCACUUAAAAAGUGAUGUGCUAAUCCCCUAAUGGUCUGCUAAUCCCCGCCUCCACACCCAUUGUAAUGUGAAUAUUUGCAAAUCCAUUUAAUGGUGCUUGUAGAGGAGGGAAGACCAUCAGGGAAUUAGCAGCAUCACUAUUUAAGUCAUAUUUAGUUGUCGGAUCAGUUAGUCUGCGGAUCAUCUGUUCUGAGUACGCUCAAAGGUGAUCAGGGUCACUUUGGAGCUGAUGUAAAGGAUUUAGCUUGGACAAGAAGAAGCUAAUUUGUUGAAAAAAUUGACACUUUUUUGUCUUGUCUUUCAGAAUGGCAAAUUGUGCUAAUAUGUCUAGGCCUGGGUAUUUUUCCUGAAAAAGCAGAUUUUUGUUACCCCCUUAUCUGAACCAGCUUGAGAACUAGCAUAGCAUCUAGAUCAAAUGAUUCAGAGCAGUCCUCACAUGGUCGGUUCUUUCAAGGAAAAUUUAAAUUUACAAUCACAUUUAUGAUGACUGUAUUAAAGACAUAUACAGGGGUUUUGGUCUGGUUUAACUGUCAGAUUUCUAUGCAUUAGCAUUAUGCAGAUUCUUUAUGGGAAUCUUUAUUGGCUAAUGGACUUGAUGAUGAAUUUGCCUAGUAUUUUAACAUAUUUCAAGUUGUCUACAUCACCCUAUCGAAUUACAAAGACAAAAUGACUUGUUAGAAUUCAUCUUUAGACCACAUGUAUAUGCAUGACUACAGCUACUACUUGCCGUUUUUGUAUUUUUGCUGAUAGUUUUAAAGUUAAUGUCUCUGUUAUCAUAUACUGUAAACUUCAAAUAGUUUGAAAAUAACUGAAGUGUUUAGGUAGCUGGGUAAAGACGGCUUAUUUGUUGAUUUUCUGUUUGAUUACAAAGAUGUAUGUCAGGAGUGAAAAACUUGGCCAUGCCCAGUAGCACCUUUGAAGUUUGUUUAAAAAGCAAAAUGUAUUUUUGCAGAUAACCCCAUUUAAUAAAAGCUGAAUGUUUGUAUAUUCAGGAUAAAACGUAUCAUCCUUUUGAUAAGGAAAAAGGAUCAAGGGACGGAAUGUGUUUUUCAUAUGUUGGAACACUUGAAAGUACGCUUGAAUAUUCGUAGUUUUAUUAUUGAUUGAUAAUUGGGUGCGUGUGUGGGGAUGUGUGGGGGGUUGGGUAGUUUUACAUCUUUUAUAGCUUCUUAUCAAUUACAGUGUUUGCCCUUCAACUGUAAACGUUUGGGAAUGACGUGAACAUGCACGUGUUCCAGUACUGGUUUGUAGUAAAGAAGGUUAUUGAUUGAUUAAAUAAUGUGGCAUUUUACAGGAGUAACGCAUUUUCAAUAUUAGUCAAUCCCAUAUGGAUGGUUUAUGGUCAUACAUGUAGGAGGUCAAUGGUCUUCAUUUUGUGUUUGUAGGGUGAAACGCAAAACGGAGAAAAAUAACAUUAAUCAUCACUAUAAGCAAGACUCUUGAUGACGUUGCCAUUUGUCCAUAACUAUUGGAAAUUCAAAUAACUCGAUUGAAAUGUUUUCAAACCUUUUUCUAGGAAAUAUGAUUUCGUGUCACCUUUCCUUAAAACUAAAUAAGACCCAAAUCAAUAUAUUGGAUCUGGGUUGAAAAGGAAUAGUUUAAUUCGCUGCAUGAUGCUUCUUUAUUUUCCAAUUCCUCAAGAUGAUUCAAAAUGACUUUUGAGCUCCUGUGUGUGAGAGUAUACUCUUUUGGCUCCUGCAGACACGAGAUAAAUAGUCCACCUGGGAAUACGCCAGGCAUGGCCAGGGAUAGAAUUUAGCA